UUCGCACAGUCAUGAGAACUCAUUUUGCAGAUUUCCUGCCUCUUAUAGAGUACUUCUACAACUUGGUCGACUGGCUUGAGCGGGCGAAUGCAGUCCUGCCGAAUCACGUGAUGACGGGAUUUACAGUUAGUUUUGCCAUUUGUUGCUUGCUUUUCUUGCCAAUCCUCUUGAUCGUAUUAAGGAUGGUAUGGGCGAUAGCAGAAGUUGGACCCGCCCGGAAAAGCAUGACCUCAUUCUUUAUCGUAUCCUUGGGGGUGCCAUUGUAUCCUGUUCUGACAGCACUCCUUCUGGCUUUGCUUUGGUUGGCGAUAGGGUGUGCGAUGCUCAUCCUAUCGAGCUUUGGACCCGCAGCCCUGCUGUUUUGGUUAAUGGUUCGCUUGUGGGAGUUCAAGACAGACUUCGUAGAGGCUGAGCUCGACAAAAGCGGCGACAUGCAAAGAGGCAACGAGCCGGUCGAAGACAUUACCUGCUGGGAGCUGGUCUGUGGAUUGUUCAUCGGCAUCCUGAGUUGCUGCAGCUUCGGAAUGUUGGCGUUUGUGCUGACCAUCCUGAAGUCGCCCCUGGUGAUUCUUUCAUUUGUCCUGCGGUUUAUCUACGAGUCUCUUUGCCGUUGGCUGGUUCUCGUGCAUUGCGGCUGCCGUCCGUUCUGCUCAAUUUGUGCCCCACAUCGCAUGGUUCAGAUUGAGGGCGAGGACAAAACCAUCCAGGACUUGCGUUCCGAGGGAUUUUCUGCUAAAGACUUGAAGGACAUCGGCGUGGAUAUAGGUGAUUUGUAUGCUGCGGGCUUUUCCAUUUCAGAGCUUUCAGAGGCCUUCGACGAGUGGCAGUUCCGGAGGGCAGAACUGGAAAUGGAUUGGUUGUGGCAUUUUCAUGGCGGAUGCAGUUGGUGGGGCUGGUUUCCCUUAGUUUUUUUGGCAUGGCUGAGCACUCUUGCGUGCCUCGUAGCGAUGCUAGUGAUUGCUAUAGCUGUGGUGUCUUUGGCCAAGCUGAUUGUGGCUGUGAUUUGGCCAGCCUACAUCGCUGCUGGAUGGUUGCGCAUUGUGGCACAAGCAAGGAGACGGCCCAGUGCUAGAAAGUGCUGUGAGCCAUUGGUGCAAGGUAUGAAAGCAGGCUACCAGGUCGUUUGGGCCAGUUCCAUGCUGACAAACAUUUGCAUAUCGAACCGAACCUUGUGGGCAAAAUGGAAGUUGAUCGAACAAACAAUUCAAGAGGGUUUCGAGUUCGCAAAAGGUGACCGUGCAGACCUUUCACCAGUUCUGCAAAGCCUCUCGCUUUUUCCGCCUGUUUUGGUUGGGUUGUUCCAUGAUUCCUGGGACCUGUACUUGCGCACCUUGGCGCGCCGCUUAAGAGUUUCACCUGACAUCGUCCAAGAAGCUUGGCGAGGCUUGGCACGCCAGAUGAUCUGGUUUUGUCAAGCAGCAGUCGAGGAAGACCUCAUCACGGACGAGUGGGUCCAGGAGGUUCCUGGUGGGCUUUGUUCUGGCCUGCCGGCACGAUGUUUUUUACAAGCGGUUGAACGAUCUCCCCACCGCAAACUGGUGCUGGUUGGGGGGCUCACUAUCACUGAAGACAGGGUGGCUGAACUUGGAGGCUUUGCAAAAACAGUUUGGAAGCGAUUCUGUGAAGUGCAGGAUGCUAGGAAUGCUGCGGCUGGCGUCCUCAAUCCAGACGUGCAUCACUUGCUGUGUGCAAAGCUGUUGGCUGGUGGAGAGGACUCAAGCACUCUUCCCUUAAACUUGGCUGACGCAAUCCAAAAGUAUGAGAAUCUGCCAGAUGCCACCAAGGCUGCUUGCCAAAGUGUGCUAAACCCUCUAAUUGCGUUCGGUCUUGCGUGCGGUAAAGAAAACCAUUUCAAAGAGAAAUUGAAGCUUGUAAUCGAAUCCUUGCCGCACUUGGAUUCCGAGUCAAUUCUUCAGCUUCACUUUGGAGCCCCCAUUGCGCAUGAGGACAGAAGAUCUGAAACUCGAUAUGUGUUCGCAGCUCCGCUGGUAGAUCUUGAAGCCCAAUAUGUGUUCGCAGCCCCGCGUGCAGAUUUGGUUGUGUGAUCCAGGUUCAUUUUGUCCCUGGAUGUUCUGGUCUGCGCAGCUAAGAACCCACUGUCAAAAGAGCAAAGUCUUGUGACGGAUUCGGAAACAGACACUGUGUGACAGUUGAGCCCAAAUUGGGCCCAGAGCAGACAAGGCG